AUGAACCGCAUGCUCGAUCCUCCCUUGCGAAACCCGUUCCAUGCGCCGCCCGUUGGUGACCUCUCUGCGAAAGCAAGGACAAUACCGCUCCUCUCCUCUACUGCCCCCGCAAACGAUUCGAUUAGUCCCGGUGACCCUAUGGACAUGAGCCCGUCGACCUCGACGACCACGUCAAUGGCUCCGCCGCUCCAGAACGGUCCAGAGACAGACACCGCCAAUGCGAACCAUACAAACGGAACCGCCAUGGACUCGAUACAGUCGCAAAACACAAACUCGAACCAUCCAAUUGGCGCUGCAGCUGCCGGGCAGCAGCCAAAGGUCGUUCAGACGGCCUUCAUUCACAAGCUAUACAGGUUCGUCUCCGGCAUCCCGGGGGGAAAUCGCAUAUAUACUAACGGCUCUCUACAGCAUGUUACAGGACCCCAGCAUCCAGCAUUUGAUAUCUUGGUCAAGUUCCAACGAAAGUUUCGUCAUGUCCCCUUCCUCGGACUUUUCAAAAGUUUUGUCUUAAACAUGUAUGGUUUCCACAAAGUGAGCGAUGUAUUUCAUACCGGAUCUCCGGACUCGCCGAUGUGGGAAUUCAGACACGGUAAUGGCAGCUUUAGAAAGGGAGAUGUUGCCGGUUUACGAGAUAUCAAGCGCAGAGCUUCUAGACAUGCGCUAAUCCAUAGAGACUCCUUCUCUACUCAUAAACCGAAUCCGUCCCAGCCAGGAACUCCGGCAGAGACCGCCAUGGAUGGCCAGGAUCCCAGAAUGGCCAGUCUGGAACAAUCCUUGUAUGACAUGCAUAACCGCCUGUCGCGUAUGGAGGAUCAUAACGCGCUUCUUAGCUCGCACUACCAUGUCCUCGCCGACGGUCUGGCCAAGUGCCAUCAAUGGACAAGUACAAUGUCGUCUUUCAUCGUGUCACUAGUCCCUGACACGGAAAAUACCAUCCACAAAGAGGCUGCCAACAUGCAACGGGAAAUCAGUCGACAACUGGAUUAUAUCCGGACUCUUGAAAAUCCUCAGGAGGCUAUGCUAUCAGGAAGACAACCAUACUUUUCCAUGUCCAUCGACCCUGGCCCACCACUCUCACCUCGUCAGGUAUGCCAGGAUGACGGUAGGCGGCCCUCCGGAAUACGCCAUCCUUUACCACCUCAUAUCACCAUCUCACCGCACCGUCAAGGAUCUCUUGGCGGAAACCAAACACCCAUCUACAGCAAACCCCAGAUCCCGCAACAAUCAAACCUCCAUCCUCUAGCAUCAGUAUCCUCUUCCUCGGGCCCCAACCUUGCCCGGCGCCACACCUCAGCCGACAUCAGGCAGCACGGUUGGCCUCCGUCAGCCGGGCCCUCACCCAAUUCACAGUACGGCCCUACUGCAUCCGUCCAAUGGCCCUCUUCACCUAGUCGGAACCCCAAUUCCUCAGACCAACACGUCCGAGAUGCACUGGCACGAUACGAGCUCGGUGGGCCACGGCGGCAGCAAGAACAUCCUAGACAGGUUACUCCACCUUUACUCCUAGAUCCAUCACAGGCAGACAAUGGCUGGUCGAUAGGAGGACCCAAGUUCCCGCGCCCGAUAGAGUCAAUGCCUGCAACCCGUCGAUCGAGUAUGGCGAGUAAUGUGCAUUCCCUAUUGAACCCAUCAAGUGCUGCUGAACGAGCAGAAGACGCCGACGGACCGCUGGGAGAAGACCGGAAGCGCAAAAGACUUCAAUGA